AUGGCAGGGGGCGUCAUCUAUGCCGUCAUCACAGCCCUGUGGGCUGAGGGGGAUGGGCUAUCAGUUCACUCCUCCACAUUUGGUGGGUGGGAGCUGCUUGAGGAGGCUGCCCCUGGGACAAUGGCCAGAAACCCCGGUACGUCCCGUCUCCCACCCCACCCAGUGCCGGGCAGCGAGAAGGUGUUGAGAACCUUGACUGGCCACUGUCCUCUUCCCCUGGCCUUUCUAAGAGGCUCCCCACAUCUAGGCAGCCCCGGUGGACACUUGGUAGAGGACUUUGAGCAAGGACGCCACGGGGAAGACACGCCAUAUACUUGGGUGCUCAGAAGAGGGGCCCGGCUGCCCCGGGCAGACACCGCAGCCACUUCCACUGAGGCCCCGGACGCCACCUCGUCCACCCACCAUCCACCGGCUUGGCUCUCGGGCUCCCGCAUGGGUCUGGGAGUGCUGAGCGCCAGGUACGCUUUGUACAACGCCACCACAUGGCAGGUGGAAACAGAGCUGCUCCCCUGCCUCAAACACUUUGGAUUGAGAUUCUAUGCCUACAACCCUUUGGCUGGGGGGCUGCUGACCGGCAAGUACAAGUAUGAGGACAAGGACCGGAAGCAGCCCGAGGGCCGCUUCUUUGGGAACUCCUGGGCCGAGACGUACAGGAACCGCUUCUGGAAGGUGCACCACUUCGAGGCCAUCGCCCUGGUGGAGAAGUCCCUGCGGGCCACCUAUGGCCCCAGCGCGCCCAGCAUGACCUCCGCCGCCCUGCGGUGGAUGCACCACCACUCAAAGCUGCAGGGCGCCCAUGGGGACGCGGUCAUCAUUGGCAUGUCCAGCCUGGAGCAGCUGCAACAGAACCUGGCUGCAGCUGAGGAAGGACACCUGGAACCAGCUGUGGUGGACGCGUUUGACCAAGCCUGGCACCUGGUUGCCCACGAGUGUCCCAACUACUUCUGCUAGUCCUCAGUGUGCCAUAAGCUGC